CAAAAGUCCCUAAAUUGUUUGUUUUUCUUUUUUAGCUCAAAGUAAAAGUUCCGCCCAAGGGUUAAUGCUUGAGCCCGAGUGUUUGAGCCGAUUUGAGCGAGUAGCCGAGAGCAGAAAGAGCGAUUGUGGGAAAAUUCUCGGAAUGUGAAUUUGCGAGUGCUUGUAGCUUGAAGCUUGGGGGCCAGUCAUUAUUCGUACGGGUCUCCAGCCAGAAGGUCGACUAUUAACGCGUUCGCCGAGAAAUCGAAGGAAUCGUGAUUGAAAGUGCUUCAAAGUGAUUGAAAGAAGAGAAGCAACGACCGCUAGAACUAAAACACUCAAUAUUUGUUUUUUGGUGACUGUGAGAGUGGCGGAGCUGAAUAAAAUUUAACCGCAAAAGUGAAGAACAUAGCCAAAACUAAUAUAUAGAAUAUCAGAGAGUACGACAGAGAGAGCAGUCCGGCGAGCAAGCGAGAGCGAGAGUAAAUCUCUUUAAAUAUUAAAUUAUACUUCCACACAAAUUGCCAAAAUGGAGAACCUAAACACAAUGGAGGGCGGCGAGUCCACGGAGUCCACACAUAACACCAAAGUGUCCGAUUCAGCAUAUUCAAACAGCUGCAGCAACAGUCAAUCGCAGCGCAGUGGCAGUUCCAAGUCCCGUCUGAGCGGCAGCCACUCAUCCGGCAGCAGUGGCUAUGGCGGCAAGCCGUCCACGCAGGCCAGCAGCAGCGACAUGAUCAUCAAGCGGAACAAGGAUAAGUCGCGCAAGAAGAAGAAGAACAAGGGGGCGGGGGGACAGACGCAGGUGCAGACCCAGAUCUCGGCAUCGGCAUCCCUGGACGAGGAGGAGAAGCCACGACCCAGUGGUGGUGGUGGCAGUGGCUGCGUGGAUCAGCAGAUCCUGUUGCAGGAUCAGCAGCACGGCGAGGAUCACCGCAACGAGCCGGAGGUCACGGAGCACGGAGUAAGGCAGCGGGACAGGGAGAGGGAAAGGGAGGAGGAGGAUCAAACCGAGUCCGAGUCGGAGGCGGAUCGGGGAGCGGGCGGCGUGGCCAAGUUGGAUACGACACAGAGCUUCCCCAUUCCAUCGCCGCUCACCGUCAACAUUGUUCCGCCAUCGAUGGGCGGCGGAGUGGGCGGCUGUGGGGGAGUGGGCCACGCCUCCGGCCUGGACAGUGGGCUGGGAAAGUUCGAGAAGACCUGGGACUCGGCCCCGGGCAAACUGGAGUCCAUGGCGGGCGUGGGCGUGGCAGGCGUUGGCGGAGGCGCCGUCGGUGUCCAGCGGGGGGAGCGCAUCAAGGAGGAAAGCUUCUGUUGUGUGAUCUCCAUGCACGACGGCAUUGUGCUCUACACCACGCCCAGCAUCACCGAUGUCCUGGGCUUUCCACGCGAUAUGUGGCUGGGCAGGUCCUUCAUCGACUUUGUUCACAUCAAGGAUCGGGCCACGUUCGCCAGCCAAAUCACCACGGGCAUACCCAUUGCCGAAUCCCGUGGCAGCAUGCCCAAGGAUGCGAAGAGCACCUUCUGCGUCAUGCUGCGUCGCUAUCGGGGCUUGAAGUCCGGCGGAUUCGGGGUGAUCGGCCGCCCGGUGAGCUACGAACCCUUCCGGCUGGGACUCACCUUCCGGGAGGCUCCCGAGGAGGCCAGACCGGACAACUACAUGGUCUCCAAUGGCACCAACAUGCUGCUCGUCAUUUGCGCCACUCCCAUCAAGAGCAGCUACAAGGUUCCCGACGAGAUCCUCUCCCAGAAGAGCCCCAAAUUCGCCAUCCGGCACACGGCCACCGGGAUCAUAUCGCAUGUGGACAGUGCGGCGGUGAGUGCCUUGGGCUACCUGCCCCAGGACCUCAUCGGACGCAGCAUCAUGGACUUUUACCACCACGAGGACCUCUCCGUCAUUAAGGAGACCUACGAGACGGUGAUGAAGAAGGGCCAGACGGCCGGCGCAUCCUUCUGCAGCAAGCCGUACCGCUUCCUCAUUCAGAACGGCUGCUACGUCCUCCUGGAGACCGAGUGGACCAGCUUCGUCAAUCCGUGGUCGCGCAAGCUGGAGUUCGUUGUCGGACAUCAUCGAGUCUUUCAGGGACCCAAGCAGUGCAACGUCUUCGAGGCGGCGCCCACGUGCAAAAACAAGAUAUCGGAGGAGGCCCAGAGCCGGAAUACGCGUAUCAAGGAGGAUAUAGUGAAGCUGCUGGCAGAGACGGUCUCCCGGCCGUCGGAUACCGUUAAGCAGGAGGUCUCUCGUCGGUGCCAGGCACUCGCUAGUUUUAUGGAGACUUUGAUGGACGAGGUGUCGCGGGCGGAUCUCAAGCUGGAGCUGCCGCACGAGAACGAGUUAACGGUGUCGGAGCGAGACAGCGUGAUGCUGGGCGAGAUCUCGCCGCAUCAUGACUACUAUGACAGCAAGAGUUCCACCGAGACGCCGCCCAGCUACAACCAGCUGAACUACAACGAGAACCUGCUGCGUUUUUUCAACAGCAAACCGGUGACGGCACCGGCGGAGCUUGAUCCGCCCAAGACGGAGCCGCCGGAGCCGCGUGGCACCUGUGUGAGCGGGACGAGUGGACCCAUGAGUCCCGUCCACGAGGGCAGUGGUGGCAGUGGCUCCUCCGGGAACUUCACCACCGCCAGUAAUAUACACAUGAGUAGUGUGACCAAUACGAGCAAUGCGGGCACAGGUGGCACUGGAACGGCGACGGGAACUGGAACAGGUGCAGGUACAGCUACUGGCACUGGAACGGGUACUGGAACAGGUACUGGAACAGGUACAGAUACUGGAAUAUGCAAAGGAACUGGAACUGGCACUGGAACUGGCACUGGAACAGAGACCGAAACAGGUACUGGCACAGGGAAUGAAACCAAUUCCGCCACCGGAACAAACUCCUCCAAAAACGGAGGCGGAGGAGGAGGAGCCACUGCACCACCCAUUACCCUCACCGAAUCCCUGCUGAACAAGCACAACGACGAGAUGGAGAAGUUCAUGUUGAAGAAGCACCGCGAAUCGCGUGGACGCACUGGCGAGAAGAGCAAGAAGUCGGCCAACGACACCCUGAAGAUGCUGGAGUACAGUGGCCCAGGGCACGGGAUCAAGCGAGGUGGCUCCCAUUCGUGGGAGGGCGAGGCCAACAAGCCCAAGCAGCAGCUGACCCUGGGAGCAGAUGCGGUCAAGGCAGGAGCAGGCGGCGGACCAGCGUGCUCUGGUGGAGCGGGUUCGGGAGGAGCCGGUGUGGCCGGAGGAGGAGGAGGAAUAUUAACACCGGAGGUCAGGACCACGACGGCGGUAUCGGGAGCGGGAAUUCCCGGCGGAGCGGGAGGAGGAGCGGCGGCGGCAGGACCCACCUCCUCGGUGGGCAGCUCCACGCCAGGACCCUCCUCCUAUCCCUCUUGCACGCAGAACAUCAACCUCUGGCCGCCCUUCUCGGUGGGCAUCACCCCGCCCGUCCACUCCACGCACACGGCCAUGGCGCCCAGCAGCUUCUCCACCGCCGCCGGCCUCUUCCCGACCUUCUACUACAUCCCCGCCUCCCUGACGCCCACCAGUCCCACCCGGGGAUCCCCGCGCAUCCACAAGCAUCCGCACAAGAGCGGCGUGGGCGUGGGCGUGGGCGUGGAGCUGCCCACCACCUCGCAGCAGGCGGCUGCGGCGACCGCCCAGGCCAUGCCGCUCCAGUACAUGGCCGGGGUGAUGUACCCCCAUCCCUCGCUCUUCUACACCCAUCCCGCUGCGGCCGCCGCCACGGCCAUGAUGUACCAGCCGAUGCCCUUUCCGGGCAUGGCCAACGCCCUCCAGAUGCCCGAGCAGCCGAUGGGCUCCCAGUCGGCCUACAACAAGACGGUAUACACGGCCGCGCCGGCGUCCAUAACGAAAAAGGUGCCGGGGGCUUUCCACUCGGUCACCAUUCCCGCCUCGGUGGAGCGGCCCUCCUCGCUGACCACCUCCGCGAAGGCGGAGCCAGGAUCCAAUGGGGCGGGCUCCGAUUCCUGCAAGAAGGAGGUGACCGACUCCUCGCCCAUUCCCUCCGUGAUGAACGACUACAACUCCGACCCGCCCUGCAGCAGUAAUGCCCCCAACAACAAGAAAUACACGGACAGCAAUGGGAACAGCGAUGACAUGGAUGGCUCCAGCUUCUCCUCGUUCUACUCAUCCUUUAUCAAGACCACGGACGGAUCGGAGAGUCCGCCGGACACCGAAAAGGAUCCCAGGCACCGUAAGCUAAAGGGCAUCAGCGUAUCGGAGAGCAAGAUCAUGGAGCACCCGGAGGAAGAGGAGGACCAGACGCAGCAUGGGGAUGGGUAGUAGCCAAACCCGCAGUUGCUGCUGACCGACGUGCACAACCGGAUGCGCAAUGUCGGUGCCUAGGACUACGAACCAAGCAGCAGACACCGCCGAACAGCAGGGAUCCUGGAAAUGAUUCUCCGAUUAUCCGCUGGAUGUUAAAUAUUCUGAAUCUGGUCGAAUGAGCGAUGAAAACAGCAAGAUGGGCUGAAGCAGUUUCCACCAUAAUACAAAACAGGAUGGUCUCGAAGGAUCCCCACAAACUAAUCUAAACAGAGGAAAAUGUAGAUCUCAUUGCCAAGAAAAGCGCUAAGAAGAAGUCGGCUUAAUAUUUUAGUUAAACAUUCUAAAUGUUCUGAAAAUAGCCCAUGUCAGUUUUAAACAUUUUAUUUUAAUUUUAAGAAACUUGUUAAUUUAUUUUUCAAUUUUUGUGCACUAAAUUAAAAAAUAUCUAAUA